GACACUUUCGUUGCCAUAACCUCAACCUUUCGCAGUGAUUUUUUUUUUUAUUGCAGUUCAUAUUGUGAAGGACACUUCACUCAUUUUCCUUUGGAAAAGGUGUUUUAUUGGAUUUUCGAUUUACAAUUGGGUUGCAAACAUUUUUAGUGAAUUUUAAUUGUUAAAUUUUAAAAAGAAGCUGAAAUUUAAUUUAGUGAGAGAAGAUGGUGUUAAAACAUCGAAAUAGUACAAAAUAGUGCAAUUUUGUUGAGAGUGCAUCUGUUGUUGACAUAAUUUGUUUUCAUGGAUGACAGCUUAGCAAAUUCGGGAUAACAUGAACAAAAUCGAACAAAUUCGUUUGAGACACUUGUGAUGAGGCUGUCGAAAAGCCAUAAAAUCUUCUUGUUUCUACAUCAAAAUUUGAAGAGAAAGAACGAAAAAAACUGCCAUGGGUGAACAAAAUACAAUGAAAAGUAGACUGAUGCUAUCCACUGCACAUGCACUAAUAGGUUUGGGUUUGAUACUCAUUCAAGUUCUACACACCAGUUCUGUCUUUGAAACAAAGACAAACUUCAGUCGAAAGAAUCGGCUCGAGCGACAGCUGUAUUUUCGCAACGAGGAUGCAAUUUAUAUGUACAUCUACCAUACGUUGGCAGAAGCGAAGGACUUUCGCACUGGAUUCGCUCAAAUCCUACGAAACAACUAUACGGAACAUUUACACACAGUGAAUAGCAUUGAACGCUACUCAAUACUACCUGAAAUUGUGAUUGCAUAUUUAUAUAAACAAUUUAUACAGUUAACCAUUUACUAUAACAUUCCGACGGUGUCGUGUUGGGAACGAGUUGCAUCGAGUGAAACGCACUCACUGGAUAACGGUCGCAUCGAUGUCGACGAUACUGAUGACAUUUUUUAUCGGCACAAUUUGUAUUAUUAUUACGAUCAACACACGAACGUGGUGUGCGAUGGACCGGGCCUACCAAUAUUCUUCUAUCUUGAAGUGACAUUUUAUUUGGGCGGGCUAACACUGUUUACAAUUUAUUUAUUUGCGACUUAUCUGAGUCGCAACGUAUUUGCUGGUCUCUGUGCGGCGUUAUACUACUUUUGUAUUCAUAAUGACGCAACUCGAAUCCACACAAACCCAGCGGCUCGAGAGAAUUUCGCCAUUCCAUUUAUCAUAAGCCAGAUCUAUUUCCUCACUGUUUGGAUCGAGCAGCACAAUCGGUACUACACAAAAGUCGACAAGCAAAAAGAUGAUGCCAACCAAACGGAACGGCCCGAAGAAGAUGAUCGAUCGAAUCAUUUUAAAUUGGGAUUUUUCACUGCGUUUGCCAUUUUGGCAUGGGACUUUUCCACCUACAUAUUUACCACUCAGAUUGUCAUUAUUUUGUUGAUGGUAAAAAUGCGAUUAAUCAAGCGUCGUCACAUAUUUCUGCAGAAUUUCAUUUUGUCGCAUAUAAUGGCUCGUCUAAUUGCAAACAACAUAGUGAAAUACGGUUGGGUUGAGUUUCAUCAAAAGCCAAUGAACUUUGAUUGUUCGGCUCUAAUCACAUUACUACUGUACAUCGUUCAAAAGUAUCCAACGAAACAGCAGCGCCUGCGGACAAUUGAGCGAGUUAUAUUGCGACUAUUUUUGCUGGUGAUGGCAUUCACAACGAUUCUUGAACUAGUAUCCGAACGGAAUUUCUAUUCACAAUACAUGGAUGUGUUGCUAACCAAACUCUAUCUCAAAGAGCCUUCAUUCACAUCCCUUCUGACGAUGUGUCGCAAAGACUAUAAAUUCAUCGAUUUCGCCACGCUGAAUGCGUACAACUGCUUAUUCGUAAGCAAAGUAUUGAUCGUGUUCAUGUUGACAUGGGUGGUGAAUUGGUUGAAACGGCAACGUGACUUGGACGAAUGUUCUGAUGAUCGAAUACAACGUGCCAAAAACUAUUUACUUGAAGAUUAUUUGGAAGAGAACAAAUUGUCGAUGGCCGAUUUGGCAAAAAUCGAAAAGAAUUCCAAACUACAAGAGUGCAUGGAUCUGUUGAAGGUGUGCAAGUAUGAUUACGAACGGUAUAAAAUGGAACGAAAGAGAAUGCUUGAGGAAGAAAGCAGAGAGCGGCCACAAAUUGAACGUGAUGCAUUCUUGAAUGAAGUGCGACGGUUCAAGAGUGAAAUCAGUGAAUCGACUGAAGGUUGCCCAGUAGAUGAUAUCGAGAUAAACCAUCCGCCAGAGGAUUCAUAUAACGAUAAAAAAGACACCGAAUCACAAAACGACACUAAUGAACAACCGAACGGAGAUACGGUCGGAAAUGACGACUCCACAUCUAAUAACAAUGAUGGUGGUGGCGAUGAUGAGGAGGAGGAAGUGUAUGACUGGCGCAAACUGUUAACUAUCGAACGGCCGGAGUAUUUUUACAAUUUGGCCCAAACGGCAGCCUUUUUCAUUCUGACCGUUUUAAUAAUUAAAGUGAAAUAUGUUUUGACACCAUUCUUGUGUCUGAUGGCAACGACAUUCCCACCGAAAGCGUUGAUACCUCGAAAUUAUAGCCUCUGGCUGAUUUACGCUAUUGUAAUUGGCAGUUGCAUGAUUGAUCGUGGUAUUCACAAUUUUAGAGAACAGUAUAACCUCAAAGAAGGCGCUGAAUCAACGGAUAAUUUGGAACAAAACAAUUUGCAUGACAUGCUCAAGUGGAUUAAAUCAAACACCGAUCGCACUGAGGUAUUCGCUGGACCAGAUGAUGUAAUUGGACUCGUCCUACUUUCAACUGGACGACCCAUUGCAAAUAACGCAUUGAGCAACCAUCCAACCAUGCAGGAGCGAUCGAAAAUUGUCUAUUCAAUGAUGAGCAAACAGGACUCAAACUCGGUCUAUGUUCAACUAGCUGAGCUCAAAAUUGACUACAUCAUAGUGUCUCAUCGUGAUUGCUUUGGCUACAACGAUGGCUGUAAAAUAUCCACGAUCUGGGAUCUGAUUCAACCGGAGUAUAUAAACAACAUACAGCUAUGUGCGGAUCUAUUUCAACGAGCCAAUUUAAACUUUCUCAAAAUAUUCGUCAACGAACAUUAUAUGAUAUUAAAGAUAUUUGAGCGGUUCCAAAUCGAUUUGAACUUGAUUCAAGUGCAGAUGCAAGAGAAGAAUAUGUAGACGUGUUUUAUACAAUUCUCGUUUGCUGUUUAUAACUAAAAUACAACAUAAAAUGUUGAACCUAGGCAGAAAUAGAAUUCGGUAUUAAUAGAUUUUAUAGAAAAAUUUCAAUGCAUAAAAAUCAAUUUUAGAGAUUUUUUUUUUUAAAUGAGUUUUGCGGAGUUAAGAUAAUGGUAGCGAGUGUUCAAUGUAAAUAUACUGGUUAUUGAAUAAAUUAUUAUCAAACAAA